AUGUCGUCCAUUCUCCCCGACACUACCAACCCCGCGACCCUCCUCAGUAAACGUUUCCGCCCAGAGGACAUCCCCGACCUUUCCGGACGCGUCGCCAUCGUCACCGGUGGUUCCGCAGGUAUUGGUUACUACGACGCGCUCGGCCUUGCGCGGGCCAAUGCACGCGUGAUCAUCGUCUCCGCGAAUCAGGAGCGUGGCAAGCAAGCCGAAGCAGACCUAAACAAAGCGCUCAAGGAGUCGAGCUCGACGGGCAAGGUCGAGUGGCACGGCGUGAAUUUCAGUACCCUAAAGGACGUCGACGCGCUAGCAAAGAAGCUCGCUGAGCAGGAAGAGCGACUCGAUAUCCUGAUCUGUAACGCGGGCGUCGGCCAGGCGCCGUAUGCUUUGACGAAUGAUGGGCUAGAGCGGCAUUUUGAGAUAAACAACCUCGCACACUACGUCUUCGUGCUGCGUCUCUUGCCGCUCAUGAAGAAGACAACGCAGAUAGCGCCCCCCACAACGGUCCGCAUCGUAAUGCAGAGCUCUGAAAUGCACCGCGUGGCGCCAAGCACGACAAGGUUUUCGAGCAAGGAAGAGAUCAACAAAAACGGUGAUGGCGCCAUGCUCUAUGGUCGCACAAAGCUUGGCUUGAUUUAUUUCGCGCGCGAGCUCGUGAAGCGAAAACUCACUGACCUCCCUCCUGACCGCCCAAUCCUUGCGAUAUCUGUCCACCCAGGCACAGUAGACACUGACGUCCAGAAGCAGUGGACGGAGUCGUAUGGCGUGAUCGGCAAAGUCCUCGAUGUGCUCUCCCGUGCGGUAGGUAAAAGUGCGGAGGAAGGCGCAGAAUCAAGCUUGUGGGCGGCAACAAGCACCGAUAUAUUUGAAGGGAACUGGAAGGACCAUCAGGGCAACUACUACUCGGAGGCGUACGGCAAGCCGGGCACAGAAAGCAAGCUUGCUCAGGACAGCCAGGUCUCAGACAACUUCUGGAACUUCUGUGCGAAAUUGACCCAGGAGCUUUUGGGUGAGCAACUUGAAUGA